AUGGCUCAAACUGAAGAAAAACCUGAAUUCUUCCCUCCGAUCGCAGACGUUGUUGAUAAAACACAUGCAGGAGAUGAAGAUAUUGGCGCUAGACCACUCGAAGAGAUCGAGUCUCUUUGCAUGGAAUGUGGGGAGCAGGGAGUAACACGAAUGAUGCUCACAUCUAUCCCGUUCUUCCGGGAAGUGAUCGUGAUGAGUUUCCGCUGCGAACAUUGCGGCCACUCAAACAAUGAAAUUCAGUCGGCGGGAAAGAUCAGAUCCGAAGGCACUAUCUACACAGUAAAAGUUCUUAAUCGCGGUGACCUUGACCGCCAGCUCAUCCGCUCCGAAUCCUGUAGUAUCAACAUCCCCGAGUUUCAGCUGGUUCUUCCGCCCUCCCGCGGUCAGCUUACAACUGUUGAGGGUCUCCUCCGGGAUAUUGUUGCGGAUCUCAGCGGACAGCAGCCGCUCCGACGCAUUCAGGACGAGAACGCCUACGCCAAGAUCCAGGAGAUCAUUGAUGGUCUCAAGGCGAUCAUUGCCGAUGACGAAGAUGAAGGAAAGGACGAGCUUGAGAAGAGAGAACUUUCGAACGAGGAUCCAGUCUCACGCGCGAUCACUAUUACUCUGGACGAUCCAUCUGGGAAUUCAUUCCUGGAGUUCGUGGGCAGCAUGUCCGACCUGAAGUGGAACAUGCGCACAUACGAGCGAUCGCUUGAGCAGAACCAGCAGCUUGGAUUGGCACCUCCUUCAGAAGACGCGGAAAAAAAUGCGGCAGACGAGGCAGAGCAGGGUCCGAACGAGGAAGUGUUCGAGUUUCCCGGAAUCUGCUCGCGUUGCGCACGACCACUAAUCACGCGCAUGAAAAAAGUUUCUAUUCCCUAUUUCAAGGACACACUUAUCAUGUCAACUAACUGCGAUAACUGCGGAUAUCGGGAUAAUGAAAUCAAGUCAGGGUCUGCAAUUUCUGAGCAGGGCAAGAAGAUCACGUUAAAGGUUGAAGAUAGAGACGACCUUAGUCGCGAUAUACUUAAAAGCGACACGAGCGGUCUCAGCAUACCAGAGAUAGACCUCGUUCUUCACCCCGGCACACUAGGAGGACGUUUCACGACUUUAGAAGGCAUAUUAGAUCAGGUGUAUGAGGAACUCAGCGAGAAGGUAUUUAACGCGGGAGAUUCUGGGGUUGUAGACGUCGACGACAGAGCCGAGUUCCAGGAGUUCUUGAGAAAGCUUAAGCAGGUCAAGAAUGCCGAGAUACCUUUUACCUUGAUUCUAGAUGACCCCCUGGCGAAUUCACACGUGCAGAAUCUUUAUGCACCUGAUCCAGAUCCGAACAUGGAGAUCGUCACAUACGAACGAACUUGGCAGCAGAAUGAAGAUCUCGGACUGAAUGACAUGAAUGUGGAAUCGUACAGCGGUGAUGAUACGAAGGAUAGUGGUACUCAGCUAGAGGUCAUAGGUUGA